GGACAUGUCAGAUUGCGUGACGGCCAAAAAAAUAGACGAUCACUGUUAAUUCCUGUUCUCUGCCAUGCCCGUCCUUUUCCCUGUUGUAUUCCACCCCCAAAGCAAUGCUCAAGACCAAUGUCCUCGGAACGCAGCAAACUGGACUGGCUAAGCAGCGACGGCGAUGCGGUACAAGCCCAGGUCCUCGCAGCCUUUGGGGCCCUCGUUUUCUACAAUGCCCUCGAACUGAUCGUGCUCUGUCUGGCUAGGUUCAAACGCCGCGGCAGCUUCUAUUUCUGGUGUCUGUUGGUAGCCUCCGCCAGUCUGAUCCCGCACUGUCUAGGGUUCGUGCUGCUCUUCUUCCGACCUCAGAUAUCGCCGUACGGCCCGGUGACUUUGAUUAUCAUCGGCUGGUGCUUCACCGUGACAGGGCAUUCCCUUGUUCUAUGGUCCCGGCUUCAUCUGGUCCUGCAGAGCCCCCGGCUUCUCCGCGCCCUGCUGAGGCUCAUCGUCAUCGACGGCGUUUUAUUCCACACGCCCACCGCAGUCCUGCUGUAUGGAGCUGUGUCGCCCAACGCGCCCACAUUCGCAGCCGGAUAUCGCGUCAUGGAGCGCAUCCAACUGGUCGGGUUCGGCCUGCAGGAGUGUGUCAUCUCCGGGGUGUACGUGUGGGAAACGGCGAAGAUGCUCCGUCUCCGUCCUGCACGGCAGCACUCGCGUAUUCUCUUGCAGCUCCUCGCCAUCAAUGUGGUCGUCCUGCUGCUUGAUGUGUUGGUGGUGGGCAUCGAAUACGCCGGGUACUAUGCUGUCCAGGUGAUGUUCAAGCCGUUCACGUACAGCAUCAAGCUGAAGCUGGAAUACGCCGUCCUCGGGGGUCUGGUACAGAUUGCGAAUGGCCGGUCUGCCUCUCGUGGUCAGGGAUUCGAUACGGUCCUGUCAUCAUUCGACUAUGAAGCUCCUGCGGGGGGGGAAGAGGCAGGAGGGACAGACUGCUUGCUGGGGAUUUAUCCAGGGAAUUCAUCGAAACAGGCGUUAUCAGUGAGUCGAAUUCACGCAGUCUGAUGUAUAUGCAUGCAACAGGAU